UCGGGUGUGGGUCCCCUGGAGCCAUGGAGGGCAAGCUCCUCGGGGAGGACGCGCUGCUGCGGCAGCUCCGGGACAGCCGCCGCCGCUUCCAGAAGCACAUGCAGCAGCUGAUAGAAAAGUACAACCAGCCCUUCGAGGAUGCCCCGCUGGUGCAGAUGUCCACGCUGACCUAUGAGACACCUCAGGGCUUGAGAAUUUGGGGUGGAGGACUAGUCAAGGAGAAAAACAAAGAACAAAUCCAGGUAUUUAAUGUCCAGUUUUCUUGCCUCCACGCGCUGCCCAGGAGCGGUGGUGACCCUGCAGAAGCCGAAGCCCGAGGUCUGGCGCCCCCCGAGCCCAGCACGCAAGUCCUGGGAGUGGAUUCAAAAAGCAACGACGAUGGGUCUUUAUUUCAGGAAGAUGUGGUUGCUGGGGCCUUCCUGCAGCCUGCAGCGCCUUGGAGCCCUUUGAAAACUGAGUUAAGAAGGAAAUACCUGACGCAGGUGGACGUCCUGCUGCAGGACGCAGGGUGCUCAGAGCGCACUGAUGACGGAGAUGGAGAGGACACGCGCGUGACACUGACGGCUCCCCUGGCCUCUCCUGCCAGGCCCGCCCCUGGAGCCCCUGGCGGUGUGGCCGGAGAGCGUCCUGGCGGCCCAGGGAAGCCGGCUCCACGCCCCUGCUCCACAGACCUGGCCCUGGUGCCUCUAAGUGACAGUGUCUCGUCACAGGGGCCCGGGGGGCACAGCUUCUCGGGCAGCCUGUCCUUGGAGCCCGACGGCCUCGGCGACGUGACCAUCAGCGACCUGUACGCGGGCAUGCUGCACUCGAUGAGCCGCCUGCUGAGCGCGAGGCCGGCCUGCGUCAUCGCCACCAAAACCUCGUUCGUGGCUCACGGCUGGCGCUCGAGCCGGCGCUCCCGGAGCAGAGCGAACAGGACCCGCGGCCCGGGCAGCGGGCAUGCUCGGAGGGGCUCCCGGGAGAGGCCCCCCGGCCGCGCCGAGCCGCCCAAGGAGGCGAAAGUGUUGAGAGACUGUGAGAACACGCUGGAUGCUUCUGGCCAGAAGACGGGUGUAAAACUGGAGAAAGCUUUUCUGGAAGUCAGCACAGCCCGAGCCCUUGAAUGGGACCCGAGCUGGGAAGAGCUUAAGGGGUUCAGGAGUCUAACACCCCAGAGGCCUUCUUUGUUGACCUACGGAGACUCCAGCCCAGGGCGGCAUCUCAAUCCAAAACAUAGAUAUAAGGCCUUAAAGUGGUUAAUUUCUCCCGUAAAACUCGUGUCCAGACCAAGAACCCUGCCAGGCAAGGGAGGGCAUCAUUACAGGGAGAUUGAAAUCAAAUUUGACAGGCUUCAUCAGGAGUACUGCCUCAGUCCCCGGAAACAGCCCUUCCUGACCUCCCACCCAGGGUCCUGGGCCGUGGACGUGUACAGGGGCGGCCCCCGCGGCUUAGAAGCCCGCAGGCUCAGUGGAACUUUCGGCACAACAGAAGCUAAGGGGUUGAACGAGGCCUUGGAGCAGCUGGGUGAACGAGCCCCGGGAGCAGGGCGAUGCCCACAGGAAAGGGGUGCCCCUCCGCCGCUUUCAGGGACCAGCCCCGUGCAGAGCCCAGGCUGCUCGCCGCGGACACUUCCUCCCCAAGGGAACAGUCUCGGAAUACUUGGCAAGCCCGUGUCGCCCAGCAAAGCCCCUUCCGUGGCAGGGGCACAGCCUCGAAGCUGCGGCGGAGAUCGGUACAGGGAAAUAAAAGAACAGUUUGACCAGCUUCAUCAAAAGUAUUGCCCCAAGUCACCUCCGCGGACGAAGGCCCUUGUACGUAUCGGAGCACCUCCAGAUAAAGCAAGUGGGGAACUUCCAUAUCGCAAAGGCACCGUGGGAAGAUUAAACCCAGACGCCGGCUUCCGAGGGCCCCCCAAGCCGUGGGCAUCACCCCCGCACAGCAUAGAGCGCCCGCUGUGCGUACCCGCCGCUGAGGCUCAGCCGUUAGCGUGCUUCGUGCUCACUGCCGGCAGGGGCCACCCGUCCCCUCCAAAGAGACGCCGAUUGUCAGAGUCUGAGCUGUGUAGACAGUGGGCCGGUUCCCAGGAUUCCCCGAGAGAGGCAGGCCAGCCCAACCCUGAGGCCGGGGAGAGGCCGGCCCCUCACAGCCCAGCUGAGCAAAGAAGGAAAGAAAACCACAUCCUUGAAGAUGGAAGAGAAAAGUGAUUUUAUGUUAGAAAACCUCAAAGCUGGAGAUGCAGAUAGCCAACUUAUUUUAGAGUUUUGUUCCUCUUUGCGCUUACUCUCUAUGCGGGGUGUUCUUUUUAAUCCUCAAGAAUAUGUGAAAAUUGGCUUUACUUCCCUGCCCUUCAAAGCAAAUUCCCGGGAAAUUGGUCCCCUUUGAAGGGACUCUUGAGUUCUUGGUAUAGAAAUUAUUUGAAUAAAGUUGCUCAAGUAACAGUU